AAAGCCCCGCGGGAGCUUUCAUUGUCAUCACUUGUUCCGCGUACAACGUGGUAGAUUAAAGUACCUUUAAAACGUGAAAUGAUAAAGAAACUUAUUUGUGAUGCAAAGGAUCGUGAAAACACAGGAAAACCCUCAGCAGGGAAGGAUCUCUAUCCAAAUUGUGAUGCAACAGUGUGGACAAGAUCGUGUGAGAAGGAGAUUUUUGUACCAAUUGAAGGACGAUCUUCAGGAUCUAUUCCCAAAUGGAUCUGUGGGAGUUUACUGAGAAAUGGUCCGGGAAAUUUAAAAUUCGGACAAAUGCGAUUUGAUCAUCUCUUCGAUUCAUCAGCUCUCCUGCAUCGAUUUGCAAUUAAGGAUGGCAGGGUAACAUACCAAUGUCGCUUUAUUGAGACAAAUUCCUAUCGAAGGAAUCGAGCUGCUAAUAGGAUUGUUGUGACGGAAUUCGGGACGAAAGCUGUUCCUGAUCCUUGUCAGUCAAUCUUCUCGCGUGUGGCUUCAAUCUUCCAUCCAGGAGAGAGUAGCUCUGAUAAUGCCAUGAUCACCGUUUAUCCCUUUGGGGAUGAUAUGUUUGCCUUCACUGAGACACCUGUUAUGUUUCGAUUUGACGUUGAAAGUCUCGCUACGCUCGAAAGGGUUAAUCUUUACGAUAAAUUCGGCAUUGUUAAUCAUUCAUCGCACCCACAUAUUAUGCCUGAUGGGAGGAUUUUCAAUUUGGGAUUGAGCGUUUCUGGAAUGGGACCAAAAUACACAAUCCUGGAAUUUCCACGAGGGAAGAGACAGUGGGAAAUGGCAAAUGUUGUAGCCACAUUGCCUACAAGAUGGAAAUUACAUCCUGGCUACAUGCACACUUUUGGAAUCUCCGAGAACUUCUUCAUCCUCAUCGAACAGCCACUCAGUGUGUCUGUUCGUCAUAUGAUAGCUGCUCAUGUGAAGAAUGAACCAUUGAUGGCUUCUUUCAAAUGGUUUGAGGAGCACAACACCCACAUCUAUCUCCUAGAUCGCAAAACAGGAGCUCUAAAGCACACCUUCUACUCAGAACCUUUCUUCUUUCUCCACGUGAUAAAUUCUUUCGAGAAGGAAGAUCAUUUAAUUCUGGACAUUUGUUGCUACAAUGAUCCUAAAAUGCUGAAUUGUAUGUACAUUGAGAGCCUCCAGGAGAUGCAGACAAAUCCUGACUAUGCAAAAAUGUUCAGAGGGCGUCCUCUGAGGUUUGUCCUGCCACUUAAUCCCCCAACUUCCUCAGCUAAUAGCUUCAUUGGCAAAUUAAUCAAAAAGAAUGAUGAGAAUGAUGGCAGAGAAAACCUCAUAAAGCUUGAGGGAACAGCUGCAGAAGCUUUCUAUGCGGAUAAUCGAAAAAUCUUCUGUUUCCCUGAACUCCUUUGUGAUCUAGGAUGUGAAACUCCUAGGAUAAACUAUGAGAGAUUUGGGAGAAAGGAGUACACGUACUUCUAUGCUAUCAGUGCUGAUGUGGAUGCAGAUAAUCCUGGAACUAUCAUUAAGGUAAAUGUGAAGAAUAAAACGAAGAUUACGUGGUGCGAAGAAAAUUGUUAUCCAAGUGAACCAAUUUUCCUGGAAGCUCCGAAUUCAAAGGCCGAAGAUGAUGGAGUUAUCAUAGCCAGUCUUAUCUGGGGGCGAGGUGAUGAGAAUCAUACGGGGCUGAUAGUUCUCUGUGCUAAAACACUAAAAGAACUAGGACGUGCUGAAUUUUUUACACCCACUCCUGUGCCCAAAUGCCUACAUGGGUGGUUUACACCACAGAAGUAAUCAGAAAGCUUUGAAAAAAGCUUUUUCAGAAUCAAUAUUUUUAAAAUCAAAAUGAUUUUCUUAAGAAUAUCUGAAGCACAAAGAAGUUUUUAAAAAUUUGACAGAGAAAAUUGUGGAGAAAGUUGUUUUCCAAGAACUUUCCCAUCCCUAAUUCCUAAGGUUGAAGAAUAAAAAUAAAUUAUAUAGAAAGAAAA